AAUCCUUCCUGGGACUUCCGAUCUAGCACUCUCCUCCUAGGUCGCUUUCCUUGGUUGCAUUUCUGAGCCCCAGUCCAGCGCCGCAGACUUGACUUCGGAGUAAACGGGCAUUAGGGUUGACUGUCUAGUUGGCAGCUUUUUUUGGCAAGGCUUCUGUGCCGGGAACAGCCUGUGCUACAGGCAGAAAUGCAAUGGGUGUAGAGAUGUCCUGAUGGUGGAGGAGGAAAAUAAUGUCCUGUUUUUCCCUGCUGAAGGUACAGCUAAAGGCUGUCUUUCCAGCGAGGAGAGAGAUAGAUAGAUUUAUGCUUGAGUAUUACAAGACCUGAGAGACCCCGUCGGAGCUAUGGGGGUCCCCCCACAACGCCAGAAAGGAGCUGGACACAAGAAAGAACGAAGGAAACGGCCUUCACCCGCUGCUUCAUCUCAAGAAGGGGGCUCUAAAGAAAACAAGGGGGGCUUGCUCCCCAAAUUGGAGCCUGCGACGUCUGAAUAUUUCCGCCGAGCUCACGAAACCUUUAAAUCAGGGUUUGACUCAGAGGAAGAGAAAGGUUUGUUUGUUGGCAAUGUCUUGGAGGAGGCAGAGGCGGUGGCUGUGCCUCUCGCCCUGGAUGCCGCAGGGUCCCUGCUCCUCCAGGCCCUCCUGCCUUCUGCCUCCUCCGUCAGUUUGUGCCGCCUCCUGCGGGCCCUGAUCCCCUCCUUGCCCCUUACGGCCCGCAACCCCUGCGGGGCUCACAUCCUGGAGGCCGCUCUGCUGAGAGCCCCAUUGCUGAUCAGGGAUGGAGCUGAGGAUGCUGGGAUGCUGGAGGACCUCGUCCUAGAGCUGGGGAGGGCCUCGCAGGAGGAGCUGUCGGUCUUUGCCUCAGAUGCCCAUGCCAGCUUUGUGGUGCGGACGCUGCUGCAGACACUCGCAGGGGUCCGAGUCGGGUCUGAUGGAGGCCGGGGGAUCCCAGGGGCCGGGGUGUCUUGCUCCCGAGCCAAAAAAGCGAAACUGGAGAGUGAUGGGCCCGUGGAAUUUGAGGUCCCAGACACCUUCCUCUCUCUCCUGCAAGAGUUUGGCGGCUGUUUCCAGGAACGUAUUUCAGAGUUCAUUUCCAACAAGUUCUUCAGCCUCUGCCUCCAAGUGGCGCUGGAGGUCUUGCACCGGAAGCUGCCGGAAGCCUGUUCCCAGUUGUGCCGCUCUGUGGUUGCAUACUUGAGCUCCUGCAACCCGUCUGCUGGCCAAAGUGUCCUCCUGGUGUUCCUGAAGGACGCUACUUGCAGCCGGGUGCUGGACAAGGUUCUGGAAGUGUCGGACCCCAAGGCCUUGCGCUCCUUCUACAAGGACCACGUGAAGGGGCAGCUGCAGGUGCUGGCGUCCCACGGAGUGGCCAACUUCACCUUGCAGCGGCUCAUCCAGGCGGCCUCCUGCAAGCUGUUGGGAAAGCUGUUUGAGGAGCUGAGCCCAGGCCUGGAAGAGAUCCUGGCUCUCGAGCACUCGGGGGUGAUCACAGCACUCCUGGGGGCCUGCCGGAAGCACGGGGCCCACCAGCAGGAGGCGCUGCAGCUACUCAUGGAGGCUUUCCAUUGCUGGGAGCCCCCGUCCCGCCAGCUGGCCUGCGCCCCUCUUAUUGCUUCCGUGCUGGCUUAUGAGGUGUACUACGGCGAGGAGGAAGAGGAGGCUCCGUCCCAGAGCAAGACAGAAGCACCCCGUCCCCUGAGCACCGUCUCCUACCACGGCUCCCUGAUGCUUCAGCACUUGCUGCAUUUUGCCGACCCCUCCGCCGUUCUGCGCAGCCUGGCCGCCAUGGCCCCCGCGGAUCUGGUCGCGCUGGCCUGCGAUCCGGCAGGCAGCCACGUCUUCGACGCCCUCCUGGUCAGCCCCUCCGUACCCGAGAAACAGAGACGCAAAGUGCUGCGUCUGCUGAAGGGCUGCUACGUGUCGCUGGCUUGCAGCAAGCACGGGAGUCGCGUCCUGGAUGCCGUGUGGAGCAAAGCUACCCUGCCGGCCAAGCGCGAAAUGGCUCAGGAACUGGCGGAGCAUGAACAGCAGCUACGCCACGACCCCUUCGGCCACCACCUGAUCCGCAACUUCGCCUUGACUCACUUCCUCAAACGCCGCCAAGACUGGGAGCGACACCAGGAGGCAGAAAAGAAACGCAGAGAGCUUUUCGCUGAGAUCUUGGAGGACUGAGUUGGAGGAGGCCCGCUCUGGUCAAGAAGCUGCAAUUGCCACGUUUUGCCCAUGGGCGGGCGUGGAGGCCUGGCGCUGUGGGUGUGCAUGUUCAUUCAUACGGAACACCAUAUGACUGUUUCUAACCACAGAGAAACUGGGGGAAACUUUGCACUGGGGAUGCUUUGGGUCACCCUUUUGUUCUCCCACCUGUUCCCAAACGGAUUUAAUACUUUGCAGUUUAUUAAGAGAACUGUUUAUUUUCAAA